AUGUCUCUCAAGGUGACAUCCACAUUAGAGCUCAAUGGUAACGAAAAGAUAUUUUGUGUAGAUGGCAAUUGGGUUAUUAUUGGAUUUGCUGCUCAUUUGACUGGUGAUCGUUCGAUAUUUGCCACUAAUGCUCCUCAUGUUCUUCAAAGUCUACUCAAACGACAUUCUCGCAUGCGUACACGUGUUCGUGUCGACGGCAAACGAUAUCUACUUGAAAUAUUGAACUACGACAGUGAGCUGCUAUCGACUGAUUUAUUCUUUUCUGUUGUUGAAACAACAAAUGAAUCUUGGCAACAAAUCGUCGAGAAUCGCUGCAAUCAAAAUCCAUAUUCGAAUAAUGGUACGAUUAUCUUUCCACUCUUUCAUUUUAUGUUGGUAUUCGAUCGAGAUUCGUCCAAUGAGAAUCGUUUUCAUCUACUUCUUUUUACAAAUCAUUGUGCAUUCGAUAGUCGAAGUGGAUUUGUUCUUAUCAAUGAUUUUUUUACUUUGGCUACUUCACCGAAUUUACUUGAUAUUUCGGAACCGGUCAAUGCAGAAGUACUUCCAUUCUUAGCUCAACUGACACCUCGUCCGUACGGUCCUCUAUAUCCUCUGAAAUCAUUCAUCCUGAAGCGUCAUAUGAGGCAAGAAUUACCUAAAUUAGCACAGCCUCGUAUUCCUGUCAAGUCGAUUCCUCAUGUCGAUUGUGAACCAAUCAGGUCUAAUACUCAAUUCUACAAAACCAAAUUUUUAUUUUCUUCAAGUUCUUCUAAUGUUUAUUCAAACUUACACAAAAUAUGUCAAUCACAACAAGUAACAUUAAAUUGCCCGUUGUUCAGUUGUCUUCUGUUGGCCGUUCAUCAUUGUUUUCCACUCGACAAUAACAACCGAUUGGAACCAUUCAAUAUCGAUCUCUAUUUCGAUAUGCGUUUGCGUCUUCCUCGAUCACCUCUGACAUCUUCAUCAGUCGGUUUCUUUGUAGGUACAGCUGGAAUGAAGCUGAAACGAUCACUCUCACUUCAAUCUACUCAAUUUUGGUUACUUGCACAAAAAUGUAUGAGAAUGACUCGGAAACGGCUGCAAAGAAAUGGUGUUCCAUUAAUGAUCAAUGUCUUUUGUGAUAUCAUGAGGCACGAACGUCAAUUCGAACGGAUCAGUCGACUCUAUCCCGAAGGACGCCUCUCCGAAAUAGGUUUUUCAAAUAUUGGUAAAUAUCCAUUUUCAUGCGAUUACAAUCAUGGUCAAGUACGAUUGCAUGGUCUGCAUAUCGUAAGUAGUACUAGUCUCUAUCGUACAUCAUCAAUUAUGUAUGUUACUUGUGCUGGUGAUGGUCAAUUGGACUUUUCAUUGGGACAUGAAAUAGAAAAUGAUGAAAGAGCAAAAGAAUUUUUUGAUUAUUAUAUACAUUUAAUCGAAGCCUGCGCGGAUAGUGAACGUUGUACAAUUCAAACAACUCUUGAACAGUUGCUGAAAAGUGUCGAAUGA